CAUCUAGUGACCAAACCAAGUGCCUAUCAUAGCACCCCCCAACUCUUCAUCCUUGACUCUCAUCAACAAGUUUUAUGCACAUCGAGCAAAAUGGAAAUAACACUAGUAAAACCACAAGUAGAAGAAACACAAGUACAAGUAAAACAAUCUUCACAUCUACCACAACUUUCGAUUAUCCCUUUGACCCUAUCUCGAACGUCGAGAGCCAACUCAAAUCUUGUCAAAUUGAACCUUAUGUCUCUACCGAUACCGUCGAGACCGCCGCCGCCGCCGACGAGGACGACGAGAGAGCCGAAAUGGUAAAUGGAAGUAUGGAAGGAUAUCCCCUCAAUCCAUUAGGGUUGAAAAUGAUCAAAACUGUUGAUAGAGGUAGAGGAAUUUUUGCCACGAGGGAUAUAGUUGUGGGAACUGUUUUGGAAAAGAGUCCGGUGUUGGUGUUAUCUAUGAAAGAAUGGGAGGAAGGGAAGAUGAAUUCAAGUUUGUUAGGUGAAUAUGCUUUUUCUUGGAAUAAUGGUGGGAUGGCUAUCGGGCUUGGAAUGGCUUCAUUGUUCAAUCAUUCUUCCACUCCUAAUGUCAAUUACAUUCGUUCAUUUCCUGAAUCAACCAUCACUUUCAGUACUUCUCGUCCUGUCAAAGAAGGUGAUGAACUUUGUAUUUGUUACAAUGCCGACGAAAGUAAAUUAUGGUUCAUCCCUUCUUCAACUAUUCCUAAUGAACCUACAUAUAACGACGUACAAACCCAUCAACCUGAAGAAUCAGCUUUCGACGCUUUGUUCAUGGAUGACGAUGAAGUUCUUAACAAACCAAGAUUGAAACCGAAGAAUUCAAUUGUCAACAUGACUCAACGUGAUCGUCAAAAGAUUAUCAUUUCUGAAACUCCUUCGGAAUCUUCCACACCAGCCUAUCCAGAGAUGGAACCUAUUACCACUGCUCUCCCUGCACCUUUACAUUCCAUUCCCGGGUCCAGAACGAGACAUCAACAUAUGGGUCCGGUGGUUUUGUCUCCUGAAUUGGAUUUGGAUGUCGAGGAUAAAGGUUUGUUAGGAAAUGGAGUUGUGCAGAGGGUUAGAGGUACAACUGAGAGGGAAGAGGAUGGUGAUGGAGAUAUUGAGGAUUUGAGUGACUCAUCUCCUGUUCACAUCUUGGUAUUCAAAGGUGAAUCGCACGCUGACAUUAGCAUCAGCUUUUCCAAAGAUUUAUGUGGGCAAGAUAUUUCCCUGAGACAUCUAAAAAGAGUUCAUCGACCUCAAAGCAAUGGAAUAGGAGAUUCUAAAUGUCUAGUCGCUGUCUGUCUAGUCGAAACCAUUUCUUUUUCCGAUCUCGUUAACCAACUUCAAUCUUAUAGUCCUUCGUUAGCCCAUUGUAUCCCAAUACGUUUAUCCGUCCCUUCGACAGGUGCAAAAUCACCUCAACAACUCGCUCUCAAAGCUCCCAUUUGGCCAGUGGUUUAUUCUCCUCGUACUCCCCGACCGAGCGAUUCAAAAGAAUGGUCUCAUCCCCGUCGAGCUUUCAUUUACGCAGGACUGAACCGAGUCCUUCAUCUUGCUACAGAGGCAAAACGAAAAGGAGAACUACCCGUGGCGGUAUAUUGUACUGCCGCUCCUGCUCAAUUAUGGCCAGUAAUGGAAGGUUUCGUUCCCCCAACUAUGGGAUUGAGAGCGGAGGCUAUCGAUACUAGGAUUAGCGAGAAACAUCCUUUAAGACAUUCAGCAUUCAAUUGUAUUGCUCAAAUAGCUAGAUUACGAACCGUCCCACCUUUUUCCAAUAUGAUACCGACGAGGAAUGGAGCGGAUUAUCUGUUGACGAGUUUGACUCUGUUCAUGACUCACGAACCGUGUGUCAUGUGUUCAAUGGCUUUGUUACAUUCAAGGGUUAGGGAGGUUUAUUAUAUAUUUGGACGUAAACAAGGUGGUGGUUUGGGUGUGGGUGAAGACUUAGGUAUCUCAGGGAUGGAAGGAGAUGAUGACGAAGGAAAGGGACAAGGUGGGGACGUGGGCUUGGGAGAGGGAGGGAAGUUUGGGAUUGGAGGAAGAAAAGAUCUUAAUCAUAGAUUUGAGAUUUGGAAAUGGACUGGAGAGGUGGAUGAAGAGACGAAGAAGGAAUUGGAGAUUGAUGAGAUGAUUCAAAUAUGAUUCGAGGUCAGAGAUAGGGAAUCUUUCGAUGUAAGUGAGGAGAGGGAUAUUUUCUACUUACACAUAUGCAUGGUUGCCGUUUGUUCAAGU